AUGGGGUGUACAGAGUCGAAAGCAAAGGAGCCGACACACAAGGCAGAACACCGGACGCGGAGAGAAUCACAGGUUCAGGAGAAGAAGGUGCCUGCGCCGUUCUGCCUACCUUUCUCGUCAGACGACUUUUACACCGGCGAAAAGCUUUUGUCCACGGAAGGAGACAUCGGAGACGCCGUUCUUGACUAUCAACUGUGCAUUGUGGGAAGGUGUGUUAAUGUCAGCGACGGCGACUCGAUACGAAUCAGACACAUUCCGAAUGGUCACUUGCUUUACCCCCUGCGUUUGCCUCGGAAGCCGGGCGAGGCUCGCACGCCCGCGCGCGAACCUGGCGACGAGGAAGAUCCGAGCAAAACGUGGAAGGGGAAAUUGACAGAAAAUACGAUUCGCAUUCGCCUCUAUGGAAUAGACGCCCCAGAAACGGCCAAAUUUGGACACCCUGGGCAACCGUUUGCGCAGGAAGCCAAACAAUUCGUCACGGAGCGUCUCCUGCACAAGGUAGUGUACGUGAAGUGUCUCUCCAAAGACCAGUACGGGCGCCUGCUAGCUCGCGUACUGAUUCCACGUCCGGAUGGCCUCGGCCACGCUCUCUUCCGCGGAAUCAGUGACGCAGGAAAGGGCGAGGGCGUAUUGCGGGGCAAGACUGGAGAAGAGAACUUUCAGGAUCUCGACAGAGAACGUUUUAUUGUCUGCCUGAUGCUCGUCAUGUUUUGUCGCCCGGUGAAACCCCCCAAGCAAAACAGAAGAGAAAGUAUUCAAGGCGCCCCUUCGUGGUGGUGUGACGAUGUAUGUGAGGAACUCUUGAUGGAAGGACUUGCGUGUCUCUACAGAGGCCGCGGGGCUGAUUACUGCGACCAGCGUCAUCUGCUGGCGCAUCUGGAGUCCGAAGCUAAGGAAAAGAAGAUCGGACUCUGGGGAGCACCCGAGGGAGAACUGCAGUUGCCGGGCGACUACAAAAAGUCGAACAGAGCCGGUCUUUUGCCGCCGCAAGACGAGUCGGAUGCAUGCGGCGAGCGCCGGGGGAGUCACUCCAAGCGCAGGAAAUCCAGGUCGAGGUCCCCGUCGCCGGCAGCCCGACGUUCGGAGGCCGAGUGCCUGAUGCAUGCGGCGAGAGAUGGCGAGGCGACAAGCAACCACGCGGAAGACGGAGGGGACGGAGAACGCUGUGCACAUUCCACAAAAGGAGGGAGAAGGAAGGGUGGAGGCGGCCGCAGAGCCAGCAAGUCGCCAGGAAGGAGAGACAACGGAGAGGGGGGAGACCACGGCAGGCAGGGAGAUCGCGAGAACCCAAACCGACGCAGGCGAAACAGGAAACGUAACAGAAAGCGGAGGGGAUCGGCGGAAGCAUCGGACUAUCAACCGAGUUCAUAG